AUGGAUGAUAAUGAUUUUGGGGAUUUUGGAUCAGAUCCUUAUGAGUUUUCCAAUGUGAUUGGGGAUGGAGAUCAACCAUUGUACCCUGGUUGUAGAAAGUACACGAAGUUAUCGGCAUUAGUGAAGUUGUAUAAUUUGAAGGCAAAACAUGUGAUGAGUGAUGUCUGUUUUACAGAAUUAUUGAUACUUCAAGGUGAUUUGCUUCCAGAAGGAAAUACAAUACCAGCCUCUAUGUAUGAGGCAAAAAAGACUUUGUGUGCAUUGGGGCUGAGUUAUGAGAAAAUGCACGCAUGCCCCAAUGAUUGCAUCUUGUGGAAGGAAGGCAAAGAUUCAAUCUUGAAAGAGGGUGUGCCAGCGAAGGUGGUGUGGUAUUUUCCUCCAAUUCCAAGGUUUAAAAGGAUGUUUCAAUCACAUGAGACAACUAAGAGUUUGACUUGGCAUGCUGCUAGAAAAUCAAUUAACGGUCAGAUGUCUCAUUCGGCGAAUUCCCCGUCUUGGAAACUUCUUGAUGACAAAUGGCCCGAGUUUGGUAAUGAGCCGAGAAACUUGAGAUUGGCUCUUUCAUCUGAUGGAUUCAAUCCCCACAGUUCUCUCAGUAGCAGAUAUAGUUGCUGGCCAGUUAUCUUAGUUACAUAUAAUCUCUCUCCAUGGCUAUGCAUGAAACGAAAGUUCAUGAUGUUGACCUUAUUGAUUUCCGGUCCUAAACAACCCAGAAAUGAUAUAGACGUCUACUUGGAGCCUUUGAUUGAUGAUUUAAAAUCUUUGUGGGAUGGGAUUAGAGGAGUGUAUGAUGCACAUAAUGGAGAAUACUUUACACUCAGAGCUGCAUUAAUGUGGACAAUUAAUGCUUUCCCCGCCUAUGGAAACUUAUCUGGUUGUGUUGUUAAAGGAUAUAAAGCUUGUCCAAUAUGCGGCGAUGAUACACCUAGUCACAGGUUGAAAAAUGGCCACAAAAUUUGUUACAUUGGGCAUAGAAAAUGGUUACCAAUCAAUCAUCCAUAUAGGAAGCAACGUGCAGCUUUUAAUGGGAAACCUGAAUAUGGCACGCCUCCCGAGCCAUUAACCGGAGAAGAAGUGCUGCAUAUGGUUGAAGAUGGUGACAGAGUUUGUUGGAAGAAGAAAUCAAUAUUCUUUGAUCUCGAGUAUUGGAAAUACCUUCCUGUGAGGCAUGUCCUAGAUGUUAUGCACAUUGAGAAGAAUGUUUGCGAUAGUAUCAUUGGUACAUUGCUGGAGAUCCCUGGAAAAAAUAAAGAUGGGAUUGCUGCUCGAUUAGAUUUAUUGAACAUGGGGGUCAAAACUUAUUUGCAACCCGAGUAUGGAGAAAGACGUACUCGUUUGCCUCCCGGGCCUUGGAAUUUGUCAAGAGCAGAGAAGAGAGAGGUUUGCAAUUCUUUCUAUGGAAUGAAGGUCCCUGAAGAUUCAAGACUUCUUGGCCCUAAAUCACAUGAUUGCCAUACCUUAAUGCAACAAUUGCUCCCUGUGGCAAUUCGUUCUGUUUUGGAGAAGCCUGCAAGGUAUGCAAUAACUCGUUUUUGCUUCUUCUUCAAUGCUAUAUGUGCAAAGACGGUUGAUGUUUCCAAGCUAGAUAAGUUGGAAGAAGAUGUAGUAGUUACUUUGUGUUUGCUUGAGAAGUAUUUUCCCCCUUCAUUCUUUGAUAUCAUGGUUCAUCUAGUAGUACAUCUUGUAAGAGAAGUUCGUCUAUGUGGGCCAAUAUAUUUUAGAUGGAUGUAUCCGUUUGAAAGAUAUAUGAAAGUGCUAAAGGGGUAUGUUCAGAAUCGUACUCGUCCCGAAGGUUGCAUUGCUGAGCGGUAUAUAGCUGAAGAAGCUGUAGAGUUUUGUACCGAGAAUUUAUCUGAUGUUAGUACAGUUGGAGUGCCUUCAAGCCAAAAGAUGGGAGUUUCAAAGCCAUUAUCAGGUUGCACAGUGAGCGUAGUUGAUCGGGACCUGUUGAACCAAGCACAUCUAUAUGUCUUGGAGAAUACGGAGGAAGUCCUACCUUAUAUCGAGUACGUAUGA